AAAUAAAAUACUAAAAUUAAUAAUACAAUUCCUUUCAGGUUUGCAGCGCCAAAUUUAAACACAUUGAAUUCAGUAUGACUGCCACUCCAAAAUGUGACUUUGAAAAGGACCCCCUCGUCAUCAUUGCUAAGGAGGAUGAAAACGAAGAGGACCGCAUAGCGAAGUGUUUUGCAGGACGCAGUUUCUUCAUUACUGGAGGUACAGGAUUUUUAGGCAAAGUACUUGUUGAGAAACUACUAAGAUCAUGUUUCGAAUUGAAAAAAAUUUACCUAUUAAUAAGACCGAAAAAGGGAAAAAGCCCGGAGGAGCGCAUCAAGGAUAUGCUCAGCAAUGUGCUUUUUGAUAAAGUUAAGGAGCAGCGUGGGGAGCAGUUCAUUUAUAACCAAGUACAGGCGGUUUAUGGUGAUGUAUUAAUGCCUAAUUUAGGCAUUUCCGAAAAAGAUUUGGAGUUGUUACAAAAUGAAGUUUCUAUAAUUUAUCAUUGUGCCGCAACAAUACGUUUCGACGAACCUCUACGUAAAGCGGUAUUCAUUAAUACCCGUGGAACUAAAUAUAUGUUAGAUAUCGCUGUUACAUUUAAACACUUAGAUUUAUUUGCCUACAUCUCAACAUCAUAUUGUCACUUACAUGUAAAAACACUGUAUGAAAAACCCUAUGAUCCACCUGCAGACCCUCAUAGUGUAAUAAAGGCCUGUGAAUGGUUAAAAGAUGAAGAUGUAGAAUUAAUUGAGAAGAAAAUUUUAGGUGAUAUACCGAACACAUAUGCUUAUACCAAAUCAUUAGCCGAAGCUUUAGUGGUAGAGAAAUUUAACGAACUACCCGCAAUUAUACUGAGACCAUCAAUUGUUAUACCAAUAUGGAAAGAACCUUUACCCGGUUGGACUGAUAAUAUUAACGGACCAACCGGCUUACUUAUUGGUGCCGGAAAAGGUGUACUACGUACAAUGUACUGUAAAUCAAAUGGUAAUGGUGACUUUUUACCAGUCGAUAUUGCAGUUAAUGGACUUUUGGUGUCGAGUUGGUAUAAUUUAAAUAAAUUUAAUGAACAAUUGGUACGGGUAAUACAUAUGACAAGCUCAAAUGACAUUAAGGUGUCUUGGCAAGAGAUAAUCGAAUUGGGGCGCUGGGUUAUUGAGAAUAAAGUGCCAUUUAAUGGUGUUGCUUGGUAUCCUGGUGGUUCUAUGAAAUCAAAUUAUUAUGUGCAUUUCGUCUGUAUGUUACUAUUCCAUUGGCUGCCUGCUUUAUUUGUUGAUGCCCUACUCUGGAUAUUUCGUUAUCCACCAGUUCUAUGUCAUGUACAAAAACGUAUUACAAAAGGUUUCGAGGUCUUUGAAUAUUACGCAAAUAAUGUAUGGAAUUUUGAUAAUUCGGUAGCGGUGAAUAUUCGAAAAGUGAUGAAUAAAACGGAACGUUUUAAUUAUAUUAUUGAGAAAAUUGAUCUUGAUCUGAUUGAUUAUUUUACGCAUUCUAUUCUUUGCUCGAGGCGAAUUAUUUUAAAGGAAACGGACGACACUAUACCAGCAGCAAAAAGACAUAUGAAAGUAAUGUAUGCUGUUGAUAAAUUCGUCAAAUUCUUGUGGCUAUUUGGACUAGGAUACCUAAUUUAUAAAUAUUUUCUAAUCCAUUUCGUUGGUCACACAACAAUUGCAAAAUCUAUAGAUAAUCUAUAAUCUAUUAAAUGGCAGAUAAUGUAUAUAUAUUGAUAAACUCUAAUAUAAGUAUUUA